GUUUUCAACAACACACACAAACAUCUUCGUAGCAAUGUUUGGUCCUUCUCAUGCAGUCGCAUAAUGAAUAGUAUAUCGUUCUUCUUCACUGGGUGGUUAUUAUUGGAGGCAAAUUGAGCGCAAUUCCGGGAUUUUAUCCUCCCUCAAAAUCUGGAGUAGGAGGUGCCUCAGUGAGAGAAGGACGGAACGAUCGAACACGUCGAAUCUUUACGCARCCUCGCGAAGGCUGUGUUGUGGUCCAGCUGCUUACUGGAAAUCUUGCUGAAACGUUAGCUAGCCAUUGCACUGACGUUUAUCUACGAUACUGACACGGGUUUAAUGGUCAGUGGGACGUUCUUGCCUCGGCUUAUUUGACAGUGGAGGAGGUGAAAAAAAUCAAGAUACACCAGAGUGCARCAGUUGGGAGAUGGGAGAAGGGCUUAGGCUUGAGCCUGUCGCUGCCCCACCCGUCUCACUGUGAGGCCUUUGUCUCCCACUCAUGAUUUCUCUAUAGCCGCUGCAGACCGGUGCAGUCAUGUUCAGGAACAGCUUGAAGAUGCUGCUUGGCGGCAAGACCAACCGCAAAAAUCGCAACAGUGGCGGCAGCUCCACAGASGGUGACGGGCUGUUUGAGGGCGACUACGGGGGGCCUCCUCUCCCGGUGACCGAGGGCAUGCAGCACAUCCGUAUCAUGGAGGGCGUGUCACGCUCGCUGCCCUCCUCCCCCCUACUCUCCCACCAGGCCCUCAACAUGAGACUGCAGCCCACCAAGAGGCUCCCAGGUGAGGAGAGCCAGGAGCUGGGCCCCCCUCCCUCUGUGGACGAGGCAGCCAACACCCUGAUGACGCGCCUGGGCUUCCUACUGGGAGACAAGAUGAACGAGGGACAGCCGGGCUCACAGUACGACAUGGACGACCACGACAGCCAGGGCAUGAUGUCAGUGACCCAGCGGAUCAGCCCCUGCUCCAGCCUGGCCAGCAGCACAGCCUCCCCCCCUGCAGGCAGCCCCUGCUCCACGCUGCCCCCCGGAGGGGCCUCCGGGAACCACGCCUCCGGAGACUGCGCCUAUGGUUCCAUCACCAGCCCCACCUCCACUCUGGAGAGCAGGGACAGCGGCAUCAUCGCCACACUGACCAGCUACUCUGAGAAUGCUGACCGGGGUGGGGGGAAGCACGGGGACGGCUCGCGGGGUAGCCUGAAGCUGUGGCAGACCCAGAAGUGUUCGGGCACAGACUCGUUCCUGUACCGCGUGGAUGAGAACAUGGCUGCCUCCACCUACAGCCUGAACAAGAUCCCAGAGAGGAGCCUGGAGACGGCCCACUCCUCCCAUUCUGCCCACUCCAUCCCCCUCUACCUCAUGCCCCGGCCCAACUCUGUGGCAGCCACGAGUUCGGCCCACCUGGAGGACCUGGCCUACCUGGAUGAGCAGAGACACACUCCCCUGAGGACCUCCCUCAGGAUGCCCCGUCAGAACUCUGGGGCUGGGCGCUCCGGACACGACCUCAGAGUACGCUUUGCCCCCUACCGCCCCCCGGAUAUCGCCCUCAAGCCCCUUCUGUUCGAGGUGCCCAGCCUGACAGCUGAUUCGCUCUUCACCGGGAGGGAGUGGCUCUUCCAGGAAGUGGACGCCCGUUUUCACGGCGACGACUCGGCAGCCAAUCGAGGUGUGGUUGUCGUGGGAAACGUGGGCUUCGGCAAGACUGCCAUCAUCUCCCGCCUAGUGGCACUCAGCUGCCACGGCAACCGCAUGAGGCAGAUCGCCUCGGACAGCCCCCACGCCUCGCCCAAACAUGGGGAGACCCUGCCCCUCACCCAGCCCCAGCACUCCCAUGGCACCCUGGGGGGCAGCUGCCCUGGCACGCCCGAGAUGAGGAGACGCCAGGAGGAGGCCUUUAGGCUCGCCUCACAGGUGGUGGCAUACCACUACUGCCAGGCGGACAACGCCUACACGUGCCUGGUGCCAGAGUUUGUCCACAACGUGGCGGCUCUGCUGUGCCGGGCACCCCAGCUCKUGGCCUACAGGGAGCAGCUGCUYCGGGAGCCCCACCUGCAGAGCACCCUCAGUCUGCGCUCCUGUGUCCAGGACCCCCUCAAUGCCUUCAGGAGGGGRGUGCUGGAGCCCCUCGACAUCCUGCACAAAGAGAGGAAGAUAGCAUGUGAGGAGGACCUYAUCAUUCUGGUAGACGGGCUGAAUGAGGCAGAGUUCCACAAGCCGGACUACGGCGACACCAUCACCUCCUUCCUGUGUAAGACCAUGGAACGCUUUCCUCCCUGGCUCAAACUGGUGGUCACCGUCAGGACCUCCCUACAGGAGAUCACACAUCCCCUCCCGUUCCACCGUAUCUCUCUUGACCGCCUGGAGGAGAAUGAUGCCAUAGACCAGGACCUGCAGGGCUACCUGCUGCAGAGGAUCCAGGGCAGUGCUGAGAUCCAGAGCAACGUGUCUCUCAACGGGCGUCUGGACAACGCAGCCUUCGCCAAGCUGAGCACCCACCUCAAGGCCCUGAGCCGCGGCUCCUACCUCUACCUGAAGCUGACGCUGGACCUCAUCGAGAAGGGCUAUCUGGUGCUCAAGAGCUCCAGCUUCAAGGUGGUGCCGGUGAGCCUGGCUGAGGUGUACCUCCUGCAGCUCAACAUGCGUUUCCCCACCCAGUCGUCCUUCGAUCGUGCCCUCCCCCUGCUCAACGUGGCCGUGGCCUCCCUCCACCCCCUCACGGACGAGCAGGCGUAUGGGGCAGUGAACGCUGGUGCCGUGCGAGGCCCCGCCCUGGACUGGGAAGAUUUCCAGGGGAGACUGGAGCUGCUAUCGCCCUUCCUGGUGCGGAGGAGGGACGGAACACGUAUGUUCACACACCCCUCCUUCAGGGAGUGGCUCAUCUGGAGGGAGGACGGGGAGAAGACCAAGUUCCUCUGUGARCCGAGGAGUGGCCACACUCUCCUGGCCUUCUGGUUCUCACGUCAGGAGGGCAAACUGAACCGGCAGCAGACCAUAGAGCUGGGCCACCACAUCCUUAAAGCACACAUCUUCAAGGGCCUGAGUAAGAAGGUUGGGGUCUCCUCAUCAGUCCUGCAGGGGCUGUGGGUCUCUUACAGCACAGAGGGGCUCUCCACUGCUCUGGCCUCACUGAGGAACCUUUACACACCCAACAUCAAGGUGAGCCGUUUGUUGGUCCUAGGCGGAGCCAACGUUAACUACCGUUCUGAGGUUCUGAACAACGCCCCAUUGCUGUGUGUCCACGCCCACCUGGGCUACGUGGAGACAGCCGGCCUGCUGCUGGAGAACGGAGCACACGUAGACGGAGAGUCGGACAGCGGCCUCACCCCGCUGGGCUACGCCGCCGCCGCUGGACACCUGUCCAUCGUCACUGCGCUCUGCGCCUGCAAGGCCAAGGUGGACCACCUGGACAGGAACGGUCAGUGUGCACUGGUGCACGCUGCACUGCGAGGACACCUGCAGGUGGUCAAGUUCCUGAUGCAGAGUGACUGGAACCCUGACGGACAGCCCCAAGGAGCCUUCACCAAGAGUCACGCUGUCCAGCAGGCCCUUAUAGCAGGGGCCAGCAUGGGAUACACAGAGAUCGCCUCUUACCUAUUGGACCUGCCAGAGAAGGAUGAGGAGGAGGAGGAGCGAGCACAGAUCAACAACUUUGACACACUCUGGGGAGAGACUGCUCUGACUGCAGCAGCAGGCAGGGGGAAGCUGGAUGUGUGCAGGCUGCUGUUGGAACAAGGGGCAGCGGUGGGACAGCCUAACCGCCGGGGCAUCGUGCCUCUCUUCAGCGCUGUGCGCCAYGGACAUUGGCAGAUAGUGGACCUGCUGUUGAACCARGGAGCUGACGUCAACAUGGCAGACAAGCAGGGCCGCACGCCCCUCAUGAUGGCCUCCUCAGAGGGCCACCUKGGCACAGCAGAGUUCCUACUGGCACAAGGUGCGUCUCUGGCCCAGAUGGACAAGGAGGGUCUGACUGCUCUGAGCUGGGCGUGUCUGAAGGGCCACAUGCCAUUGGUGCGCUGCCUGGUUGAGAGGGGCGCGGCCACCGCCCACGCCGAUAAAAGUGGACGCACCCCCCUGGACCUGGCCGCUUUCUACGGAGACUCAGAAGUGGUGCAGUAUCUGGUGGACCACGGGGCGAUGAUAGAGCAUGUGGACUACAGUGGGAUGCGACCUCUGGACCGGGCCGUGGGCUGCAGGAACACCUCUGUGGUGGUGGCUCUGCUCAAGAAGGGAGCCAAGAUGGGUCCGGCCACCUGGGCCAUGGCCACCUCCAAACCCGACAUCAUGAUCGUCCUGCUCAGCAAGCUGAUAGAGGAAGGAGAUGGCUUCUACAAGAAAGGUAAAGUGAAGGAGGCGGCCCAGCGGUACCAAUACGCCUUAAAGAAGUUCCCCCGCGAGGGCUUCAGCGAAGACCUCAAGACCUUCAGAGAGCUCAAGGUGUCCCUCCUCCUCAACCUGUCCCGCUGCCGGAGGAAAAUGAAUGACUUUGGGAUGGCUGAGGAGUUUGCUACCAAGGCGCUAGAGUUGAAAUCCAAAUCGUACGAGGCCUUUUACGCCAGAGCCCGCGCCAAGCGCAGCAGCAGGCAGUUCCACGCAGCCCUGGAGGACCUGAAUGAGGCCACCCUCCUUUGCCCCAACAACCGGGAGAUCCAGCGCCUGCUGCAGAGGGUGGAGGAGGAGUGUCUUCAGUUCGAGGAGCAACAGGAGCUGGACCCUCCCCCAUCCCCUCCCAGAGAGCAGGCCGCGCCCCCUCCCCAGUCCCUGGAGCCCCGCCUGGAGGACAUGCAGCCAGUGCAGGACCUGUUUGAAGAGGACGAGGACUACCUGGAGCGCCUCCCCAUGGGCAUGACUCCCGAGCCCCGCUCAAGCCCCUCUGGCCUGCCCCUCAUCCAGAGCCUGCCCCCCUCUCCGUGCCACCGCAACUCGCCCUACCUCUCCGGAGGCCCCUCCAUGGUCCAGGCUUUUGAGCUGCCCCCCAGCCCCCCUUCCAUGUCCUCCCCCACYCGCCAAGGCUACCAAUCCACCUCUCCGUCACUUUCCCCGACGCACCAGAGCUCCCACUACCGGCCCAGCCCUCCGCACACCUCKCCAGUACACCAGGCUUCCGCUACGCCGUACAACUUCAGCCCACCACCUUCGCCUCUCCGCCGGGGGCCUCAGUACCGUGCCAGUCCCACCUCAGAGAGCGGAGGAGGUUUGUACCGGCCACAGUCGGCCUCAGCCCGCUACCAGUCGGAGCAGAUACCCGGCCGGCCCAAGUCUCCGCUGUCUAAGAUGAGCAGCCAGCGCUCCUUCCAGCUGCUCUCCCAGCAGCAGCCUCCCCAGCAGGGCCAGUGGCUGCAGCCUGCCAAGGCCCAGAUCGUACGCACCAACCAGCCCAGCUCUGCUGUGCACUCCAGUGCUGUGCUGGGCACCAGUGCCUACAGCCAGAUGGCCCACUCCAUGAGCACCCGCCUUCCCCCCGACCUGGCCGAGCUGGGGGACGGUGUGAAUAUAUACCCAAGUGCCCUGGAAGGGAGGCCCACGCUGCAGGUGCAGGCCAGCCUCAGUGCAGGAGCACUGUACCAACAUGGUGGGAUCCAGAUGGUCCCAAUGGAGGACGAGCUCCCCCAGCGGCCCUCCUCAGCUUACCGGCCUGGAGGUCUGCGCUACGGCCAGGCCCCCCAGAUCAGCCGCAGCCAGUCGGCAGCGUACUACCCUGUCUCACCUCAAAUGGAGAUGGAGUUAGAGAUGGAGCACCAGGCGGCGCUGGGAUCACCGGAGAACCCCCACGGCCUGCGCCGACCUGUCAGUGCCACCAACGCAGAGCCAAAGCCACACGCACCCACUCCCCGGCCCCUCAUGCACUCCCAGAGCGUAGGCCUCCGCUUCUCCCCCUCCAACACAAGCCUGGGUGGGGUCUCUGCAGCUAAUCUAGCCCCAGGCUUCCGGGGCUCCACCUCGGCCCAGCAGAUGGAAAUCCCUCUACAGCUGUCCUACGAGGAUGGUAGCGUCUACUGCGACGACCUCUCGCCUGUGUCUCCUCCGCAGGGCAGCGACAUAAGGGUGGUGGGAGGGACAUACCCAGACAAGGCGCUCCGCUCCAGAAACACACCUUUCAUGGGCGUUGUCGACAAGACGGCGCGGACUCACCAGUAUCUGCCACCGCAACCGCAGACAAUAGGGCGCUCCUGGGCCAUCUCUUCCCUGGACACGGUGGUGACAAGCUCCGCCACGUCUCCAGGGAACAUUGGCCCUCAGCAUGGCUACAGCCAACAGCCCAGCCUUGGACACAUCGCCUACUACAACCGCACCAACAACGCCCACAACGGACACCUCCUGGACGAUGACUACUACAAGCCGCCAGCUAACAGCUCACGGGACGGCAGGGCAGACGGCAUGGGCCGCGUGAGCCAGGCGCCCACCUACCCAGACGUCAAGGUGGCCCGGACGCUGCCUGUGGCCCAGGCCUACCAGGACAGCGAGUACAUGCAGCACUCCAGGGACAGGCAGGGCCCCACGUCCCCUAUCAAACCAAAGAGACCUUUCGUGGAGUCAAACGUGUAGGGAGGGACUGAGGGAGAGGACUGAUAAGCCUGCAGAUAUUUUGAUUUGGAAUGACUUAGAGACAACACCAAGGGUAUGUGAUGAGACUGGGAAGGCAACACUACUGCAGACAAACACAUUUAAACUCUCCUCCCAUGCAUCUUCUUUGCCUCUGUCCUUCACAGCCAUUUACUAUGGAUGAAUACAAGAAAGCAUAAAACUGCAGUUUGCCAGGUGAAUCCAACACCUCCAGUACUCCAGAAUAUGUUGGCCUUCUGUUUGCAGAGUAGUUUGUAUAGUCAAAGUGGAGGGGACAGGGAUGAUCCACAACUUUAGGUACUGGAGUCUGUUGGAAAAGCCUGUAGGAGGACUAAUACCACACACCCUGAACUGGAAACCCCCAGAUCUCAAGCAGGGGAGACUGCUGCCUGCCGUUUUCUCCCUGCCCCUGAAUGCCUGUCCUGGUCAGACUCAAGCCAUGGGCACUUCCCUGCUUAACCUGUUGAAGUCCAAACUCUCAAUGCCUUCUUCAGAACGACUCAAUAGAAGGCUGCCCUUCACUAAGAUGACCAUGUUCUCUGCUGUAAAUGUGACUGAAAAGAGACUUCAACAUACUUGUAUAUAGGAAAAGCAACAAAAAAAAGUAAUAUUUAUCAUUUAAGUUAUGUUUGUAAAAUACAUUAUAUAUUAUUUCCAUUGGAUUUUCUUUGCUUUUGUGGGMUUUUUUGCUCAAGAAGUGACAUGCAGCAGGUUUUGUGAAGCUUUUGGGAAACGGGCAUUUCUUAUUUUCCAAUAACUUGAAUGUGUCCAUUUACAGUUGAAUUAUCUCUACCAGCCAAAGCUGCAGUUAUUCAAACAUAACACUGUACUACAUACAGUUUUGGCCACUAAAGGGUCAAAUAUGUUGGCAGCAUGCACACAUGACCGAAGUGGUCAUUGAAGGACUAUUUUUAUCCAUCCACAAAAUGCUUUCCAUAAAACAAUGGAAUUUAGGUGGUCAAACAUUGUCUUCAAUAUAGAACAGAAAUGGGUCCAAAGCUAAUAUUUAGGUUAAGGAUGUAAACCGAGUUAUCAAUUGUUGUAGUCAGCCUAUAUAUUCAGAAACGUACAAAACCAUCCAAUGUCUACAUUCUGGUUAUUCUUUCUUUUACAGUGCAUUUUCAUGAAACUAGAUGUGGUGUCAAGACUAGGCUACAUUACAAGGUUGUCAAUUGUGAUGGAUUUCAUACCUUUGAUUUGAUGCAACACAAUUACAGUGCAGUUUACCAACACCCUUUGGCACUUAGUAUGAACAUCAGCUGAAAACAGAUACUUAUCUUACAAGAACAUGUGAAGUUUACAUUUUUAUUUACUGUAGUUUUCAUUCUUGUCACUUAAAAAUGUCAAACAUUUAGGCUAACAGUUUUAUUUAUAAUUGUGUGCUUGGUAAUAGGUGGAGCCUCGCCGAUCGGUUCAUAAACACCAACCAGGACCUUGAAGGAGCCAGUUGAUUGGAUGCACCUCUUGUUAAUAUCAAAGGUUAACACUACAUCUGAGCCUGUUGCAGGAGAGACUUAUCCCUACAGUCAAUGAAUAACAUUUAUUUUUAAUAGUUCGUGUAAAUAAUUGUACAUGGUGUGCUGCAUAGAAAUGCAUGUUUGUUCUCUGCUUACUCCCAUGCUGAUAUAAACAUGUUUGUAUAGCAGUUUAUCAAUAUUUGGAGAGGGAGGCAGAGUACAGGGUGGGGGAACAGCCAUCUUUUUUCUCUUGGGCUUGCUGAGCAGAGUUCUGUAAAUGUGAGUUGUGAAGGUAAUAAGAAACAUGCGAUUGUAAAAUGUACUUAUUUAAAAAUGGUUACCACUUCAAGGAAAAUAAAUGUGGGUCUGCUCCUUUA